AUGGAUUUCGAGUUACCAAUUGCUUACAACUCGGUUACAAAGAAGGUGGAGCUAGACAAGCCGGGCCACAGAGAUCUAGAGAAUGUUAUUUGGGAUGAUGCUCACUUGACUCUUCUCGAAACAGAUAUCAAACAACUCAACGAGCUCACUCAAAACUUGAUUAGUCUGAACCAAGAUGUGCCAGAAUCUCCAAUGCCCUCACCUCAACUUUCCAUCAUGGUCAAGAAAUUUCACGCAAACGGACUAAAGGCUAUAAAAGAGAAAAAAUUUCAAGACGCAGUGAAAAUGUUUUCUUUGGGUCUCAAUCUAGCGGUAAAGCGAAACAAGUGGGAAACCUUUAAGGUAACCAUUAAUGAGGUGACAAAUUUGCUUAAUGGGAGAUGCGACUCAUAUAUAUUGCUAAAUGAUUGGCCUAGGGCACAACAAGAUGCGGAUUUGUUGUUAAAUUUGCAGGUAAACACUUUUGAAAACUUUUCCCGGAGGUCCCUUUGCUUUUUGAAAAUGGGUCUACUUGAUGAAUGUAAGGCUGAUCUUGAACGAGGUUUGGCUUUUUUUCCAAAUAACCUGAUGUUGAAAAAUCAAUUGAAAAUUGCUGAAGCAGCUCUAAUUGAGUUCAAUGGAGACUCUUGA